CCAAGCUCUUAAAUAGUGCGAGCACCCAGCACUGCCCAUGGCCAUGGCAUUUCCCCUCAUGAUACUCACACUAAUCUUCUUGCAGCCAGCGCCCGUGCUCGCUGCUCCUUCCCUUCCUAGCAACAAUGGCACUGACCUCGCCGCGCUGCUCGAGUUCAAGGCGCAGCUCUCCGAUCCUAUUGGCAUUCUUGGUCAAAACUGGACGACCGCCACAUCCUUCUGCCACUGGGUUGGCGUCUCUUGCAGUCGGCGUCGGCAGCGCGUCACCGCUCUCGUGCUACCAGGCAUGCCGCUCCAAGGGUUGGUCUCCCCAUAUCUUGGUAAUCUCUCUUUCCUCCAUGUCCUAAACCUCACCAACACAAACCUCACAGGAUCCAUCCCACCUGAUAUUGGAAGGUUGAGUCGUCUCGUCGUUCUUGAUCUUGGCCUUAACAGAUUGUCAGGAAUCAUCCCUCGUACCAUAGGAAACCUCACAAAGCUAAACUCCCUUGUUCUAGUAAAGAACGAUCUCUCUGGGAAAAUACCGCAUGAUUUGCACAACUUGGGCAAUCUUAGGCACAUACAGCUUGGGACAAACUACUUAAGUGGCAUAAUACCAAAUCAAUUGUUCAACAACACGCCUCUGUUAGUUGGUCUUGGCUUUGGGAACAACAGCCUAUCAGGGCCAAUACCACCCGGUAUUGCUUCCUGUCCCAUGCUUGAGUACCUCAACUUGCAAGCAAAUCAGCUUUCUGGUCCGGUACCUCCAACAAUUUUCAACAUGUCCAGAUUACAGAUUAUGAGCCUCGUGGGCAAUCGGUACUUAACAGGAUCCAUCCCUAGCAAUCAAAGCUUUAGUUUGCCCAUGUUGCAACGGUUCCUUAUUGGUCGCAAUAAUUUCACAGGUCGAAUUCCAUCAGGACUUGCAUCAUGUAAACACCUCAGAGUUGUUUAUCUAUCCGAAAACUCCUUUGCAGACUUCGUCCCAACAUGGCUCAGUAAAUUGUUGCAUCUCACUAUCCUUAAUUUAAGUGGAAAUGACCUCAUCGGUUCAAUUCCAAGUGAGCUCAGCAAUUUGACUAUGCUCAGUGUGCUUGACCUCUCACGUUGUAGUCUGAGUGGAAAGAUUCCGGAUGAAUUAGGACAAAUGAGUCAACUCACGCUUUUACACCUUUCAGAAAAUCAACUGACAGGGUCCUUUCCAGCUUUUGUUGGUAACCUAUCCCAACUGUCUAGACUAUUACUAGAAUCAAACUAUUUAACUGGAGCAGUCCCAACAUCUAUUGGGGACCUCAGAGCCCUUGAGUGGUUUGAUAUUGGAAGCAAUCCUCUUGAGGGAACACUUGAUUUCUUGGCCACUUUCUCCAACUGCAGACAACUCCGAUACCUUGCCAUAUACAACUGUUCGUUCACCGGGAUCAUUCCUGAUCACAUUGGAAACCUCUCUAGAAGCUUGACACACUUUGAUGCAGGCACUAAUCAUUUAACUGGAGGUUUCCCAGCACCAAUAUCAAAUCUAAGUGAUCUAAAAGUAAUAAUCCUUUAUGAAAACCAAUUAAGAGGCCUAAUCCCUGAAUCCAUAACACUAUUGAAGAAUCUCGAGGCACUUGAUCUAACCGGGAAUAGCCUUUCUGGCUCAAUCCCAUCACAAAUUGGUACCUUAAAUAGAUUGCACAUAUUAUCUCUCCAAGAAAAUAAUUUUUCUGGUGCCAUACCAAAUGGUAUUGGUAAUCUAAGUAUGCUAGAAAUCAUUUCACUAGCAUAUAACCAGCUGUCUUCAACCAUACCUGAAAGCUUAUUCCACCUCAGUAACCUUCGUCAAUUAUUUCUAUCUAACAACUCCUUCACCGGUGAAUUGUACUCUGAUCUUGGUUCCAUGGAAGCAAUAGACACGGUAGAUAUAUCUGCCAACAGCUUGGUUGGUAGCCUUCCGACUUCAUUUGGACAACAUGGACUGUUAAGCUACCUUGAUCUAUCACACAACAAGCUGCAAGGUCCAAUCCCAGAAUCUUUCAAAAAGUUAGUUAACCUAGGGGCAUUGGACCUAUCUUUAAACAACCUUUCUGGUACUAUUCCGAAGUAUCUGGCCAACUUUACUUCUCUGACUAGCUUGAACCUCUCUUUCAAUAAGUUCCAAGGUGAAAUACCAGAUGGAGGUAUUUUCUCAAAUAUCAGUGCGGAAUCUUUGAUGGGAAAUGCCGGAUUGUGUGGUGCCCUGCGUCUUGGAUUUUCACCAUGCCUUGGCGAUUCUCACCCAACCAACAGACACUUGCUAAGAUUUGUGCUCCCGACUGUCAUAAUAACAGUUGGGGUUAUAACAAUUGUCUUAUGCCUAAUGUUCAGAAAGAAAAAUAAGCAGCAGCCAAAUGUUGCGACUUCUCUUGGUAUGGCUGAUCCGACCAGCCAUAGAUUAGUAUCCUACCAUGAGAUUGUUCGUGCCACUGAAAAUUUCAACAUGGACAACCUACUUGGAGUUGGAAGUUUUGGCAAAGUUUUCAAGGGCAAACUGGAUGAUGGUUUGGUGGUCGCGAUAAAAGUGCUCAACAUGCACUUUGAGCAGGCCGUGAGGAGCUUUGAUACUGAAUGUCAAGUGUUGCGGAUGGCUCGGCAUCGCAACUUGAUACAGAUACUGAAUACCUGUUCCAACUUGGAUUUCAGAGCUCUGCUGCUCCAGUACAUGCCCAAUGGUAGCUUGGAGGCACAAUUGCACUCUGGAAAUAGUGAACCACUAGGAUUCAUCAAGAGACUGGACAUUAUGCUUGGCGUGUCGGAGGCAAUGGAGUAUCUGCACCAUCAUCACGGUCAAGUUGUCCUACACUGUGACCUGAAGCCUAGCAAUGUGUUGUUUGAUGAGGACAUGACGGUGCACGUCGCUGACUUUGGCAUUGCGAAGUUACUUCUUGGCGAUGACAACUCCAUGAUCUCAGCAAGUAUGCCAGGGACAAUCGGGUACAUGGCCCCAGAGCUUGCAUACAUGGGUAAGGCUUCACGGAAGAGCGACGUGUUCAGCUUUGGGAUCAUGCUGCUCGAAGUCUUCACCGGGAAGAGGCCCAUGAAUCCCAUGUUUAUCGGGGAAUCCAGCCUCAGGCAGUGGGUUUCCCAAGCAUUUCCAGCAAGGCUCGUCGUUAUCGUUGAUGAGAAGCUGCUGCAGGGUGAAGAGAUAAGCAGCCAUGGCUUUCAUCAGCAGACCAAUAUUCCUCCAUCGGCAUCGCCUUCCACCGCCUCCAACACAAACUUUCUUGUAUCGGCGUUUGAGCUGGGCCUGGAGUGUUCGAGCGACUCACCUGACCAUAGGCCAAGCAUGGACGAAGUGGUCGUGAAGCUGAAGAACAUCAAGAAGGAUUGCUCUGCUUCCAUGGCAGCAAGGCUGGGGGUUCCGCAGCGUUGAUCAAUGCAUCGGGUUUUUUUCAUCCAUGGAAAAUAUGGUUGUGCUGCUAAAUAUUUCAGCAACAUCUGAAUAUUUGUAACGGAAGUUGGUUGUAAGCAAGUAAGCAACAGACAGUCAGUAGCUCCUGAAUCCUUGUAAUUUCAUUCAGUUGUAAUCAACAAUCAAACAGUCAGAAGCAGCAGCAAUUGAGUUCUCGUAACUGUAGUAAUGGACACACCAGUCUAUUGACUUAUUGUAAGUGCAAUACACACAGUUCAUUGCAAG